AUGGCGAUUGGUAAUACCUCUGAUUCUACUGAAAUUGGUACUGGAAUUGGUAAUGGAGAUAACACUUCUGCUCCGACUCCGAUCGAUUCGAACAAUCCCCUGUAUAUGCAUCCAUCUGAUAAUCCUGGUGCGAUGCUUGUACCAGUACAGUUCACUGGACUUGGUUAUCGUUCAUGGAGGCGUAGUGUUUUGCGAUCACUGUCUGUGAAAAAUAAAUUAGGAUUCAUUACUGGUGAAUGUUUACGUCCUAGAUCUGAUCACCAUACCUACAGACUAUGGGAGAGGUGUGACGAUAUUGUUACGUCAUGGAUUUUGAAUUCAUUGUCCAAGGAGAUUGCAGAUAGCGUUGAAUAUGUUCAGAAUUCUGCUGAGCUCUGGAAAGAGUUGGAGGAUAGAUACGAGCAGACGAAUGGAGCAAAAUUGUAUCAAAUUCAGCGGGAAAUCAAUGAUUUCUACAUUUGUGGAGCAAAAGAAAGUGUUUACAAGGGUGAACAGGAUAGAAGAUUAGUUCAAUUCCUAAUGGGACUCAAUGAGAUUUAUACAGCAAUACGCGGCAGUAUACUUAUGAUGAAUCCACUACCCUCCAUGGCACAAGCAUUUUCUCUGUUAGUUCAGGAUGAACACCAAAGAGAGAUCAAACCUUCAAAUCAUCUUACUCUAGAUUCGACUGCUUUGCAUGCUGGGACUGAUAAGCCCACACACUAUAAAACCAAUUACUCCACCAACAAUUUGAAGUAUAAGGACAGGUUUUGUAAUUACUGUAAGAGAACUGGCCAUCUAAUGGAAAAAUGCUAUCAACUUCAUGGUUAUCCACCUGGUCAUCUGCUCCAUGGUUCUUCACCUGGUCAUAUUAACAACAGUCAAAACUCCAAUUUCAAUCUUAACCAAAACAGGAACAGUCAAUCAGCUCAAAGGUCUAACACAACUAGAGCACCUGCACGAUUCAAUCAAUACCCUCACACACCUGGUUAUGGUAGAGGAAAUGGGGGUAAGGCAGUGGCAAAUGCUAACUGUGCAGCUGAUCUAAACAUUGGGAAGGGACUAACGACAAGUACUACAGGUGAAGAAAUGUUCAAUGUGAAUCUUACAAAGGAAGAAUAUGGUCAUCUCCAGGCUGCACUCCAUCAUUUCCAGAAGGAUUAUGAUGCUGAGUGUCCCCCCACCAAUCAAGCUUUUGCCAAUGGUACAGUUGAUUUUGCAGGUACAAUAAUUUGCACUUCUUCUAUGGAUUCUAGCAAACUGUCUUGUGCAUGUUUCAAAAACAAGUCUGACUCGUGGAUAUUAGACUCAGGAGCUUCGAACCAUAUGACUUUCAACAUUUCCCUCUUACACAAUGUUACCACCCUUCCCUAUCCAGUCCUAGUAGAUUUACCAAAUGGCUAUAAAGUUAAGGUGACUCAGAUUGGAAGUGUAGCAUUAGGACCCAUGAUUAGCCUAGAAAAAGUCUUGUUUGUGCCAUCUUUCAAGUACAAUCUGAUUUCUAUUAAUGCCAUGAGCAUGCAGUCCCACUGCACUAUCAGUUUCACUAAAACUUCAUGUGUUAUGCAGGCCCCUUCAAUGAAGAGGCCUCUGGUCAUUGGUAGGGCAGAAGCUGGACUCUACUUCCUUUGUCCCAAUUGCUUGAAGACUCUCAAUUCUUCUUCUUUGAGUAGUAUUUCUUCAUGUUGCAUUUUUCCUUCAUGUAAUGCUUGUAAUAGUAGUCGUUCUUUUCCUGCAUCAAAUAGUAUGAAAUGUACUUCUUUUCUUAACAAACAGAAUUCUUGUUUGAAUGUUGAAAAUUUUCCUACUGUCCCUCUACUGCAUUCUCCUAUUUUCUCUCACACAUGCACUGGAAAUAAUGUAAAUGUUGUGUGGCACAAUCGAUUGGGACAUGUUCCUUUUGUCAAAAUGAAAAGUAUUUCCACUAUCCCCAUCACCUUUUCCUCCAAACAACCAUUCAUGUGCUCUAUUUGCCCUAUGGCAAGGCAAGAAAGAUUGCCUUUCAAGCCAAGAACCAGCAUAAGCUCACAGUUGUUUGAACUAGUACAUGUUGACCUAUGGGGACCCUAUCACAUAGCCACACAUAACCACUUCAAAUACUUCAUCACCAUUGUGGAUGAUUUUAGUAGAUCCACUUGGACUCAACUCUUAAGUUCCAAAAGUAAUGCCCUGCAAACCCUUAAGGCUUUUAUUGCCAUGGUGGAAAAUCAAUUCCAAACUACUGUUAAAACAGUUAGGACAGACAAUGGUCUGGAGGAGCCAACAUCAUAUAAAGAAGCUGUUAUUGAUCCUGCAUGGCAAGUGGCCAUGACACAAGAGUCCUCUAUAAAAGAAUUUACCUCAAGGGAGAAGAAAACAACUUAA